CAGUGCGGCAUGGACUUGUGUACAAGGCACUUCCUUAAAAAUAAACGUGUUUAAAUUAUUCAUAAAUUUUUUUUAAAUUUUAUAUUUAUACACACUGACAGUUUUACAAUUAAUCCCUUUAUCAAUUAAUCAUGACGUGAAGUGAAUUUGCUCAUUAUUAAAUAUCAAUCGUAAAAUAAAAUUGACAAAAUGAUCAAGUGACUUUAUAUUUUUGGUAUUUUCAUCAAAUAAAAAUAUACAUUAUCAACUCGUAUUAUUUUUAUUAAUUAGCAAAUAUAUUUAGAGACAAUUUAUUGGUAAUAUUACAAACAAAAAAAUUAAAAAUAAUUAAGAGAAAAAAUGUAAUCUUGAGGAGUGAGCUGCGUGAGCUCAAGUGUAUUUUUUAAAAAAAGUUUUUUAAUUAUAUCUUUAUUUUCUCCUUCAUCUUGUUCGGUGUAAUUGUUUAUUUAUUUAUUUAUUUUUAAUUCACUUGGAAUUAUCAUCUUCAUCAACAUGCUACUUGUUCAACUGGUGCUUGUGAUGGUACUUGUUAUUGUGGUACUUGGUGAUACGACUAAAACUAGUCAGGUGCACCAGGAUAAUGUAGCCAAAGAUACAACAUACAAUGAUAAAGAUCUUUGGAAGCAUUUGCUGAAAACACCUGAAAUUGUUGCUGAUUAUGAUGGUACGAAUUUCAAUGGAACAAGUCGAAGGAAUCAGUCUAGAAGUUCCAUCAUUAACUCCAAAAAUGAUAGAGGAUUUGAAUAUCGUCAGGGUAGAAUGGCGUUACACACAGAAGCACCAAUAUCAAAAAUUAAAAGAGAACAAACAUUUAGAAAUAUAUUGGCAGCUAAAAGACGACAAUCACUUGGUUUAAAAAGACAAGAUGUAGCAAGAAAUAAUACAAAAAAAAAUGAUAAAUUAUCUGUUGGUAAUUUAAAAGAUUCAUUGGAUAUGCUUGAAGCUGAAGAAACACGUCAUGGUGUAUUUGUAACAGGACCAUUGGGUGAUCAACAAGCAUCAGCAAUUAUUGAUACUGAUGAUGAUGCUGCUGCUGAUAUAAUAAUACCAGUUGUUGAAAAAAUAAUAAAUAUUAAUAAUAAAAAUGAAACAUCAAUAUCAACAAAUGAUGUCAAUGAUAAUGCAAAUAAAAAUACAAGUCAAUUAUUAAUAAGAAAUUUAAAAAAUCAAGAUGAUAAUAAUAAUCAAAAUAAUACGCGAAAAAAAAAUACCGUUAUUAUGACAGAAUCAUUGUAUAAACAUUUUCAUCCAGUAGAAAGUAACAUUCCAGUUGAAGAUAUGACGCAAUUUCUCUAUUUUGGCCAAAAAAUACAGCCAGAAAAAAUAACGAUAAAUAAUCAUUCGAAUGAGGUUACAUCAGUAUCACCAUUAUCAACAUCAUCAUUACGUCGUAGUAGAUAUUCAACAAAACGUUCAACAACAACAACAACAAUACCAACAAUAAAAAAAGUACAAAAAGAUGAAGAUAUAAUGAAUGAUGAUAAUGAUGAUGAUGAUAUUAAUAUAACAAUUGAACCUAAUAAUAAAUUACAAAAAUCAAAUAAUAAUAAUAAAAAUAAUUAUCGUACAAAUAGUAUAUAUCAACGUAAAUUAACAUCAACAGUAUCAUCAAAUAUAAUAAUUGAAAAUAAUGUAAAUACAACAAAUACUGAUGAAACAUUGAAUAAAAAUAAAAAAUUAAAGUUGUCCGCUCACGCGAACCAGAUGUUAACUGGUAAUCCAAGUGAAGGAAAUAAAACCCACCGGUCCAACAUUAUCCGGGACUCGACCCACAUACCUGACCAAGUAAACGGUACUGAAAGUGAAAAUAUCAACGUUACAAUGACCCUUUUUGAUACAACAAUAAAAUAUAAUAUAGAACAAAAUAAUAAUAUAAAAAAUAUUGAUGAUCGUCCAUUUAUAAGAAAUAAAAAAAGUCAAGAAUAUACAAUUAUUGAUGAAGAAAAUAUUAAUAAUAAUAGUGAUAAUGAUAAUAUUGAACUUGAAGUUAUUAAAAAUAAUAUUGUUAAACCAAAUAAUGUUGAAAUCACAACUGAAAGUGGAGAAUUACAAACAAGAUUAUCGACCUGGAUGUCAGUUGACCCAGUGACAUCAACGACAAUAAAUUCAACUCGUGUUGAUAUGUUCAAUGAACUUUCAUCUCCAAGUAGUAGUAGUAGUAGUAGUAUUCCCACAACACCAAGUAGUCUUAAUCAACACUAUUCAUCCCUGCGAAUUGUCGUAACAGAACCAAUGCCAACAACUUCUUCGUCGUCUUCUUCUUCUUCGCCAUCUUCUCCUACUACUACUGUUGAUACAACUACAACUACAACUAAUACAUCUUCAGAUAUCAACAACAGCCCAAAGGAUACCGUUAGCACUGUAAUUCCAAACCGUUCCACUUUAUCUCAAGCAAAAAAAGACCCCUCCUCUUCUUUUUCUUCGUCUUCUUCUUCUUCCUCCUCUUCAUCUACCUCAUCAUCAUCAACAUCUAAAAAUUUUAUAUCCUCAAAAUUAUCAUCACAAUUAUUAAAAAAUAAUCAACAAGAACAAUUGAUUAAUAAUCAAACAACAAUACAAAAUGAUAAUGAAAAUAAUAAUAAAGAAGAAGAAUCACCUGUUGCAUCAAUACAACAAAUGCAUCCAUAUGCAUAUACAAUAACAAAUAUAACACGUUUAUUACGUAAUUAUACUGGACCAAUGGAAACAUUAAUGACAAUGACAACAGAAUUAACAACACAAGUGACAGUUGAAACGACAAUGACAACAUUAACAUCAACAUCAAAUGAUAUCUUUACAAAAACUACGACUAAAGAUGCUGAACUGCUUCCUCCACUUUUAGUCGACGUUGGUAUAGAGUCGAUGCGCGAGCGACUUGAUGCCAGUGCCGAGUCGGCAGUCGUACAAACCAGUUCGUCUGUUCAACAACAAUUAAAUUAUAAAAAUAUUAAUACCAAUUUAUUAACAAUUAAAAAUUUAACAUUAAAAAAUGUAACAUUAAUUGAAAAUUUAUCAACAACUGAUAAUUAUAAAAAUAUAAAUGGUAUGGAAUUUGAUACAUCAACAAUACGAUGGAAUUAUACAAAUGUCAAGGACAAUAUUGAUAAAGAUAAUAAUAGUGAUCGUAGAUAUUUAAAAAAAUCAGCAAGUGCAGUGUUAAAUCAACGUACAAGUGAAGAAAAUAUACGUGAUUUAAAACGUAGAAGACUUGUUGAUAUAACAGGUAGACGUAAUAAUAAUAAUAAAAAUAUUAAAAUUGAAAAUAAUGAUAAUAUUAAUGAUACUAAAAAAUUUAUUAAAAUGAGUGAAAAUAAUAUUAUGGAUAAAAAAAUUAUUAGUGAGGAUAGUCAAACGACAUUAUUACCAGAUAUAUUUGGUAUAAAUGAUACAAAAAUUAAUAAUAAUGAUACUAUUGUUGAUGUUAAUUUAAAAAAUUCAAGUGUAAGUGAAAAUUUAAAAAAUUUAUUAUCGGUAAAUAAUACAUCAAGGUCAUUAAAUUUAACUAAAAGUGAUUUAUUAAAUUCAACAAUUGAUGAUGUAACAAAUUUACCAACAACAUAUAUCAUUGAUAGCAAUAAUAGUACACCAAUAAUUGAAUCAACAACAUUAACAACAAUUGAAACAACACAACGUGAUCUUGAACCAGCUGAAAUACAAAAAAUGUAUAGAUCACAAACGACAAUAUUACCAGAACCACCAAUAACAACACUACCUCCAGAUUUAUUAACAUCGAUAAAACCAGAUAUUAUAACAUCAAAAUCAAGUGAAAGAUCACCUGAAGUACGAGGAAGAAAUUUAUCAGAUAAAACAAAGGAUAAGGAUGAUAUUUUACCGAUAAUGCAUCUUUACAAUACAUCAAAUAUAUUCAAUGGUAGUAUGAUGAUACCAUCAGAUACAAAUAAUAAAAAUAAAAAAUUAAAUAUUAACAAUAAUAAUAAUAGUUAUAAUAAUAAUGAUGAUGAUGAUGAUAAUGCACCAUUAUUAACAACAUUAUCAACGGAAAAAGUAACACAAAAAUUACCAAAAAUAUUAACAACAUCAGUAAUUGAUAAGUCAACAACAACAACAACAACAACAACGACAACAUCAACAACAAAUGAUCCAAUAACAUUGUUGACUGAAUCCAAAGAUGAAAUGAAUUCAAGAUCAAAUAAAAAUCAUCAAGAUCCAUAUAAAACAAAUUUAAAUAAAACAAGAUCUAGACCAACAUUUUUUAAUUCAGGACCACCAGAAUAUAGUGGUUAUCAUCCAGAAUUAAAUGAUAGUUAUUAUGAACAAGGAAUGAUAUCAAUUGGACCAAGAGAACCAAUUAAUAUUAGUGAAGUUAUAACAAAAAGGCAUGAUGUUGAUGCAUUUGUUAAUCAAGAUACAGUUACAUUUAUCAGUUAUAUAUUAGCAACACUUGUUGUAUUUCCAAUAGCCAUUGGUGUUGCACUUAUUCUUCGAAGAUUAAUUUUAAAAAAUCGAAAGGUGCUGGAAGAGUCGGAUACGUCAUCGGAGAUAAGCUGCAGAAAAGACGCGUUGAAUCUCGAGAAUGGGGACUUCAAGACCUCGAUAGAAAAGGCGAUAACUAAAUUACCAAGAAUACAACAUCUGUGUCAUGAUGCUGAAAAACCACCACCACCGCCACCACCACAUUCACAAGAAUCAAGAUGGGAAUUUCCACGUGAUAAAUUACGUUUACAAACUGUAUUGGGACAGGGUAAUUUUGGACAAGUAUGGAAAGCUGAAGCUGAUGAUUUAACUGGUCAUCAAGGUACAACAAGACUUGUUGCUGUUAAAACAGUUAAAGAAGGUUCAUCAGCAAGAGAAAAUGAAGAUCUUGUACGUGAAUUAGAAAUAAUGCAACAACUUGGUAAUCAUCCAAAUGUUGUUACUUUACUUGGUUGUUGUACUGAAGAAGAGCCUCAUUACUUGAUACUGGAGUAUGUAAUGUAUGGAAAGCUGUUGGCAUACCUUCGGGAUCAUCGAACAAGACAGGACUUUUACAACUUUAGUGAGGACUCGGCGGCACUGACCUCAAGGGACCUCACUGUAUUCGGUUACUGCGUUGCUCGAGGCAUGGAGUACCUUGCCUCAAAAAAGAUUAUUCAUCGUGAUUUAGCAGCGAGGAAUGUGUUAGUUGAUUAUAAUAAAUUAUGCAAAAUAGCUGAUUUUGGUAUGUCAAGAUUGGCAAAUGAGGAUGGUGAAUGUAUUGAAACAAGACAUGGAAGAAAUGCAUUACCAAUAAGAUGGAUGGCACCAGAAUCAUUAAUUUAUUCAUUAUUUACAACUAAAACUGAUGUUUGGAGUUUUGGUAUACUCAUGUGGGAAAUUGUUACACUUGGUUCUACGCCGUACCCGGACAUGGCAGCACGCGAGGUCAUGCGAAACGUGCAGAAUGGAUAUAGACUUGAAAGACCCUCACAUUGCCGUAGUGAACUAUUCAGGGUGAUUUCUAGAUGCUGGCAUGCUGAUCCUGAUCGUCGUCCUGAAUUUCAAACACUCAGACGUGAUCUUGCACAGCUACUUGAGGACAAUAUGAAUGGACAUUAUGUUGAUCUUGAAAGUUUUGCAUCAGAGUGUGUUGACUAAUUAUCAUCAUCAUCUUCAUCUUCAUCAUCAUCAUCAAUAUAAUCAUCAUCAUCAUCGUCAUUAUAAUCGUCAUCAUAGUUUGAGCUCCAAAAAAAAUUAAUCAGCUAAAAUCAACCAGACACUUAAAGAAGAAAAAAAAAAAAAAAAAGAAAUAAAAUCAGACACAAGAUAAAAUAUCGAAAAAAAAAAAAAAGAAAUUACAUAUGUAUAAUUUUAAGAAGUUGGUAGGUGAUAUUUAAUACUAUGUUCAACAAGUUGAUAUUUUUUUUUUUAUUUUUUUUUGUAAUUUUCAAUUUAAUAAUUAUAUUCUUCAGAGGCUGACGAUGUACAAAACAAAAAAAAAAAAUUCAAUUUUAAAUUUUAAUAAUAUUUAAUUUUAAUUUUUUAAUUAUUUAAAAAAUUAAUAUUAUAUUUUGGAUUAAUUAAUACUAUUAUAUUUGACUCGUCAAAACUCCUCAAUCAAUUUUAUUCAUUUUUUUUUUUAUUUAUAAAAAACAAAAUAGUUUGUUAUUCUUUGUGUGUGUCUUUUCUUAUCGUAUUUUUUUUUUUUUUUUUUUAUUGUUUUCUUGUCACAUUAUUGUCCUUACGCUGUUAAAAUUUUGUAUAUAUUAUUAAUUUUUCUGCGAUUAUAUAUUUAAUUUGCGAAAUCAAAAAAUCAUGCGUAAGGAUGAAUGAGACAUAAUUGUAUUUUCGAUAUUAUCAUUAUGUUAUAAUUAUAUUUUCUCUAUUAUUAUUUUAUUUUUAAAUAUCUUUUAUAUUAUAUAUUUUAUAUUGUGUAUAAAUUUAAGAUUAAUCAUAAUCAUUCUAGUCUUUCGACGUCUCUUGGAGUGACAAUCGAUGGAUCAAACUGGUUUACAUUUUCCCUGAAUCAGUCACUAUUGUGUGAUAUUUAGUAUUCUCUUUUUUUUCAAUUUCUUUAAUUAUCAAUUAUUUUUCAAAAUGAAUUAACUAUUAUUAUUAUUAUAAUAAAAUGUCAAUGCUCGAAUGAUUUAUUAUCGAUCGAAACUCCACGUUCGUCAUUUGAUAAUUACACCUAAGUAUUUUUUUUUGCAUUGACACAAAAAAAAGAAAUGAGUUUAAGUAUCGAAAAUGUUUUUAAUUACUUUUUCGUCAUUCAAAUAACUAUAAUAAUAUCAUGACUCUUUGAAUGAUAUUAAAUACUGUUAAAUACUAAAAGUAUUUCAUGCUUUUAUUCAUGAAAAUUAUUAGUCUUUGCUUUGUUUUUCAAUUGAUAUAUUACAAGUGCACAUUUGAGUAUACUUAAACUCAUUUUUUUCAUAACGUCUCAUUACUCAAAUGAUCUAUUGUGUCAAUGCUGAUGCUAAUGUAAUUGACGACAAGAAAAAACAAUGAUAAACAUUAAUAAAAAAACAAAAAAUUGAAAUUAA